AUGAGACAGACAAAUGAGACACAGGUGACGGAGUUUCUUCUUCUGGGACUCUCUGGCGACCCGCACACCCAGAAGCUGCUCUUUGUCUUAUUUCUGGGUGUCUAUCUGGUCACUGUGCUUGGAAACCUGCUUCUCAUGUUCCUCGUUCAGGCUGAUUCUCGGCUUCACACACCCAUGUAUUUUUUCCUGUGCAACCUGUCUCUGGCUGACCUCUGCUUCUCGACCAACAUUGUCCCUCAGGCUCUUGUCCACCUCCUUUCGAGGAGAAAGGCCAUUUCAUUCAGACGCUGUGCAGCUCAGCUCCUGCUCUUUCUUAUUUUUGGGUGCACACAAUGUGCCCUUUUGGCUGUGAUGUCUUAUGAUCGGUAUGUGGCUAUCUGUAACCCUCUGCAUUACCCUAGCAUCAUGACGUGGAGGGUGUGUAUCCAGCUGGCCACAGCGUCAUGGACUAGUGGCUUUGUAGUGUCUGUGGUGGACACCACUUUCACACUAAGCCUCCCCUAUCGAGGAAGCAACAGUAUUGCUCAUUUCUUUUGUGAGGCUCCUGCCCUGUUGACCCUGGCUUCUACAGACACCCACACUUCCGAGAUGGUCAUCUUCCUCAUGGGGGUUGUGAUUCUCCUCCUACCUGUCUCCCUAAUUCUGGUGUCCUAUGGCCACAUCAUAGUGACUGUGGUCAAGAUGAAGUCAGCUUCAGGGAGGCUCAAGGCA